AUGGCGCCGCCUGAACAACGCCGUUACGAUGACGACUCGGAAGAUGAAGAUGAUUUCAACCCUGCUCCUGCCGAUAUAUCAGACGAAGAACACGAUGCCGAUAACCAGCUUCAAAGAGAGGCGCAGGAUAGCAGUCCUGUAGUCGAUCACCGCACUUCAAACGCGAAGGCCACGUCAGAUAACGAAGGCUCCGAUGAAGAGGAUGCCCCUCGGCGCAAAUCGCGAGGCAACAAUGAGGAAGACGAAGAUGACUUGGAAGAAGAUGGACCAGGGGCCGACGACGAUGAUGAGGAUGAUGAUGAGGAUGAUGAAGACGAGGAUGAAGAGGAUGUACACCAGGGCCAUCGCCGCAAACGACGCCGGGAUAGGCGCAACGUUUUCCUUGAUAUCGAAGCCGAAGUCGACGACGAGGAUGAAGCUGAAGAUGAAGAACGCGAUGGUGAAGAGAUUGAAGACUUCAUUGACCACUCCCACCCCGAUGAUCUGGUUGAUACCGAACGCCUCAACGAUACGAAGCGCCAUCGUGAGCUCGACCGGCGACGAGAGGUCGAAGCUGGGCUAGAUGCCGAGAAGCAGGCGGAGAUCUUAAGACAGCGCUACGGGAAUCGCCGCCCAACUCGUGGCCCUGGAGACUCUACUGUCAUCCCGAAACGUCUCCUCCUACCGAGUGUCGACGAUCCUAAGAUCUGGGCGGUCAAGGCGCGAGAGGGCAAGGAACGCGAAGUGGUUUUUGCAAUUACGAAAAGGAUCGAAGAGAGAAUUGGUACUAAGAAUGAGCUACUAAUUACCUCGGCUUUCGAACGCGGUGGCACAACCUCUGUCAUGAAGGGCUAUAUCUACGUCGAAGCCCAACGUCAAGCGGACGUCCUAACUGCGCUAGACGGAAUCCUCAACGUGUAUCCUCGUACCAAGAUGGAGCUGGUGGAAAUCAAGGAUAUGCCCGACCUCCUCCGUGUAACCAAAACCCCAACUCUUGAGCCUGGUGCUUGGGUCCGUCUACGCCGCCCAAUGAAGCACUCAGGUGAUAUCGCCCAAGUCAUCGAUGUGACAGAAAAUGGUCUCGAGGCUCGUGUACGGUUCAUCCCUCGGCUCGAUUACGGUGUCCGCGACGAUUCGAUGGCGGCCGCGGGUGCGGACGGGAAGCGAAAGCGGCCUUUUGGCGACAAGAACAUGUUUACAUAUAUGGGCGACGAGUUCGAGAACGGGUUUCAAGUCAAAGAUAUCAAGAUUCAACAACUCAUCGUCACAGACGUCAAGCCAACCCUUGAAGAAGUAACCAAAUUUGCGUCCGGCGCCGAAGACGGAACAGAAAAUCUUGACCUCAAGGCCUUGGCUGCCAGCCUCAAAGAUUCCAACGCCCUUGUGACAUAUCUCCCUGGCGACGUUAUCGAAGUAUACGAAGGAGAACAGAAGGGAGUGGUGGGCAGGGCAACCAAUGUCCAAGGUGACAUCGUUACUAUCCAAGUCACGGAGGGCGAAUUAACUGGCCAAACUAUUGAUGUCCCAGCUAAGGGCCUCAGGAAACGUUUUAAGGUCGGAGACCAUGUCAAGGUGAUCGGCGGCAGUCGAUACCAGGACGAGGUUGGUAUGGUUGUCAAGAUCUCCGAGGAUAGAGUUACUCUCGUCAUUGACCAGUCAAGCACCGAGAUCACCGUGUUCAGCAGGGAUCUCAGAGAGGCCGACGAUAGCGGUGGCCAAGGUUCGCUUGGGCAGUACGAACUCUUCGACCUUGUCCAGCUCGACAAUACUACCGUCGGCUGCGUCGUCAAGAUUGACCGCGAGUCGCUAGUCGUCCUUGACCAAAACGCCGAACGCAGGCAACUGAUGCCCUCACAGAUCGCAAACAAAUUCCCCCAAAGAAGAAUGCUGUCGCUGCUGACCGGAGUGGCUCUGAGAUUCGCGUCGGAGACGUGCCACGAUUUGAACGAAAAUGCUGGCGUAUUUGUUUUGCGCGCGGCCAACGUCAAUACGGUGGCCGCAAAAGGAGGCAGAGUCAAUGCCUCUUCUGGUCCCGAUCUCAGUUUGAUGAACCCGGCCAUUAAGCGCAGCUCGAAUGGUGGCGCAGAUGGAAAGAUGGCGCCGCCCCCAGUGCCCAAGGUGCUUGGACGCGAUAAAGCCAUUGGCCAGACGGUUAUCAUCCGUCGAGGCGGCUACAAAGGUUUGCUAGGUAUCGUCAAGGAUACAACCGACACUACGGCCCGCGUUGAACUUCACACGAAGAGCAAGACGGUGACUGUUCCAAAGGACCACCUUAGCUUCAAGGACAAGAAUACUGGCGCCCGUAUCGACAUUAACACCAGAGGACCACGAGCACCAGCCGGUGGUGGGAGCAGUAGCGGCUACGGCGGGAGCCAAAAUAGGAACCCCGAUUGGCAGGGCGGUGCUCGCACCCCCGUGGUGUCUAGCGGAUCCGAGAGGACCCCUGCCUGGGGAAGUCGAACGCCAGCGCAUAGUGGUGGUCGAACACCAGCGGUCGAAGACUCCUGGAUACGGCGGGGCUGCUGCCACCCUGGAGCCAGCGGUGCUGACAGCUGGGGUUACACUCCUGGGGCAAGCGGGUCGUCCCACGCCUUCGACGCGCCUACCCCCGGCGCGGGCAUGCUAGGGGCACCAACUCCGGCAGCUCUCAAUGCACCAACGCCGGGCGCUUACUCGGCACCAACUCCGGCGGCUGUGAGUGCCCCCACCCCGGCGCUGGUUGGUCUGGUGGCUGGGCGGACUCCGCGCCGACACCAGCGGCAGGUGCGCCCACUCCUGGUCAAGCUUGCUCUGAGGCGGUCCGAUGUGCCAGAAGUUGCUCACGGCUACUCACUAGUAUAUGCGCACCUCUUCAACACCAUGUCACGUGACCACAACAGAUUGCGUGCUGCGACCAGCGAAGAAACCUCUGUCACAAGAACAGUCCACUCCCCGGAAGGACGCGGCCGCAACCUCUUCCAGCAGCGCCGAAGAGAAUGCAACAAAAUCCGGACUCCAGCAGGGAACCCCUCUAAGGAAGAUGAAGCCGCCGGACUUGAGGCUGGUGGCGCGAAAACGGAUUCAGGGGUUGCGAAGACGGAUCAGAAGGAGCAGAAGAAGCUUACUUUGAUGCAAAAAGUAAAGAAAGAGGUACAGCAUUACUGGGAUGGGACCAAACUUCUCGCCGCAGAAGUCAAGAUCAGCACCAGACUAGCCAUCAAGAUGGCGGGAGGGUAUGAAUUAAGCCGACGAGAAAACCGACAACUUCAGCGCACAGUCCAGGAUCUGGGCCGCCUUGUGCCCUUCUCGGUCUUCAUCAUUGUGCCGUUUGCAGAGCUUUUGCUGCCCAUAGCCCUCAAGCUUUUCCCCAACCUCCUACCCAGCACUUACGAAGGCCAAAAGUCUAAGGAGACCAAGGCCACCAUGCUCCGGGCUACACGCAACGAUGUCAGCAAGUUCCUACGGACCACGCUUAGGGAAACCGGUCUACCAGUUACAUCCGCGACGACGCAAAAGGAAGAGUUUACCACUUUUUCCGAAAGGGACGACUUGACUCUUGACAACCUCUCCCGACCUCAACUCUACUCCAUGUGCCGUUAUCUCAACCUGAGCACGUUUGGCAACGACACUAUGUUGCGAUAUCAAGUUCGCCACCGGAUGCGCCAGAUCAAGCGGGACGACAGGACCAUUUCCUUUGAGGGCGUUGAAAGUCUAAACGUUGCCGAGCUCCAGGCUGCUUGCGCGAGCCGGGGCAUCCGGACUUAUAGCGUGUCGCCCGCGCAAAUGCGCAAGGACCUUCAGACUUGGCUCGAGUUGCGGCUCAAGGAGCAAGUUCCUCGACUAUCCUCGUUCUCAGCAAUGCAGCUUUUCCACGAGAUCGAGCUCGAGGUCCACAAUGCGGAAGGUGCGGCGACUAACAAACAGCGUCUCGAGGUAAUCAAGGAGCAGCAAGAGCUCAUUGAUGAAGAAAAUGAGCAAAACGAGGAGAGCGAAAACGUGGGCAUGGCUACGCCUAGAGACGUGGACAACAUUGACGAGCACGACGAGCGGCAGAUGCGUGCUGAAGCUGAGGCGGAGGAGAAGGGACUUGAUAAGUCCCAAGUGCCUGAGAUGGUGCAGGCUGAGGUGGAGUCUAUCAAGGCGCCACUUCAUGCCGCCAAGGUGAGCAAGGACGGCGACAAAUAG